UGAUGAGCUUUGCAACGUGCUUUGAUAGUUGUGGUGGUGGAUGAAUGUUUUGGGAAAUUUUAUAAACACGUGUACAAAUGUUGUAAUAAUUUUUCGUAGUUUUGAAUUAUAAUGUUAGACGAUGAUGAUCCGGUUAUGCAGGAGAUUCCAGUAUAUCUUUCACGGACAUUGGCAGAGAAGUUAUUUCUUUUUCAGUACCCAAUCAAAAAGUCAUCAAUUGGGUAUGAUGGAGCAAAUGUUAUACAGAGUUGCAUCAAACCAAUACAUCAGGAGGUUAAACUUGAAUUGGAGCUUGACACUUCCAAUCCCAAUUAUGACACCAGCAAGGGAGAACAGAUAGCACUGAAUGUGGACGGAAUGUCCAAGGCACCUUUGAAACAUGAUAAUCGAAAGCAGGAGGAUCCUAAAUAUUUUCAAGGUACAAUGAUGGACAAGCAAGUAUUGCAGUCAACAAGAGCUGUAGUAGGAUGCUCUCAGUAUGCAAUUGCAGUUGUGAAUGACAAGGAGUUGCAUGCAACUCCACUUCAAGGAAUUGUACACCUGAGACCUUCAUUUGGCUACCUUGAUAAGUCUGAUAAACGAGCAAAAGACGAAUCGAAGGAAAAAGGAGAUGGAGAAAAUGAAGAUGAAGAAGAAGAAGCAGAACAAGUUACAGUGAAAUUUGCACGUCAGGAGAAUGACAGAUUGAAACGAUUAAGAGAGCGAUCAUUUGGCUACUUAAGCAAAAAAAGUGCAGAAGAACCAUGGUAUUACACGCAGUACUUUGGGAGAUUCUCAGAAAAAGCAGAGUUGGAGAAAGCUCACCUUUACUGUGAACCUGCUUUGACAAGUGCUGGUGAUACUGCACAGAUGAGCUUGGCAAGAAGUGAUUACACUCGCUUACUAGUUCCACCUCCUGUGCAGGAAGAAUAUCAGAAACAGCGGCAAGUGACUUCAGAGGCUUUGUCUCUUGUUCAGUUGAAACAGUUGCCAAUUGUAGAUCAGGUUAGGCAGCUGUUAUUACGAGCAAAAAUAGUACAGUUCUCACAGCUGCUGUCGCUAUUGGGUCAAGAGAGUGAUGUGGCUGGUCUGCUGCGUGCCAUACAGCAGUGUGCUGUGUUAGUCAGAGGAAAUUGGGUGGUACGCAGUGACUUGCUGUAUCCAAAGGAUAGUUUCAGUGCAUCGGGCAAAGUUCCUGCAGAAGUGAUGUGUCGGGCUCGUGACUAUAUUCUACACAGAUUCACACAGGAACGAUUUGUCCAGCAGGAAAAGGUACACAAAACUACAAAUUUAGGAUCAGGAGAGUUGAAUGAAAUUCUCUCACAGUUUGCGAAACCUAGAUCGGGCAGAGGCUGGGAACUGCUGCGACCAUAUGACAAUGAUUUUAUUACAAGGUAUCCAGAUGUCUUACAAAGACAGCAGAUGAUGUGGGAAGCCAAACAAAAGCAGCUUCAGGAGAGCUUUUCAUUGCCCUCUACUCCAGCAACAGGACGCACUCGCCGGCAGUCGACGAGAGAUUCAGACUCUGAUGGGAGACCAGUUCUGUCAUCACAUUCUCGCCAUCGACCAUCAGGUGAUUCUGAUGCAGAAAUUACGACUACUCCAAAUAACCGACGAAAGUCGCACAAAGAUUCUGACAGUGAUAGUGGUGCAGAACGACCAAACCACAAAAUUGCUCGUUCAUUUGCAGGGGUUAAAGUGAAAGUAGAGCCUUUAGAAUCGUGACCCAUGUUUUGUUUUGACUGCUUUUGAGUUGCAGAUUUAUUUACUGUACUAAAUAUAUGAUGUAAAUGACAGAAUAGCUGAUGUGACUGUUGUGACAGUGAUUAUAAUUAAUUUGCUUAAUUGAAGUUGUUCAAAAGGACAUGUGAUUUUUGUAUUUGGAACAACCCAUCCAGAGAAGUGAGAGAGAAGUGUGUAAGCAGCAAGUGCUGCUGUAGAUGUGGUACUUCAUCAAAUAUUGCAGAAAACUAUUUGUGUGAGGCAGUUGAAAGUGAUAUAUUUAUGUGAUUGUUAUUGUUGUGUUCAGAUUAGUGCUGUCAUUUUGUGAAAUAUGUAAUUUUUAAUUUAUUUUGUGGUACAAUAAUUUUUAAGUGAAUUGAUGUGCUGUUGACCAUAAUGGAAGCUGCUUAACUGUAUGAGCUUCAUAUGUAUUAUACUUUCAGGUGUGGAUGGCGUAACCCAUUUUGUUUGUAAAAAAUAGUCCCUGCAUGAAUUUCAGAUUUUUUUUUUUUUUCUGCCAUAUGAGUGAAUAAUUUUGUGGGAAAAUAGACAUUGUAAUAUUUUCCCAGUGUACAUAACAGUGUGUGUUGUGGUGUACAGCUGUGAAACAGUGCUUAUGUUUCAAUUCUAUAAAUGAAAUUGAUGUACAGUUACCUGUAUUAGUGACAGAUAUCAUAACUUCUAUUUCAAAAUUACUCAGUGGCAAGAUGUGACGUAAUUGGCAGCCCUACCCAUUAUAAAUCUGUCAAAACAUUUACACAAUAAAAAUAUUGUUUAUCUUGGUCUUUGUCUUCUUCUGCAGUAAAUGUAUGUUAAUUGGUUCUCAAAUUUUCAAAAUAUAUGUGAAGCACAUACA